AUGAAAGUAAGACAAGUGGUGAAUGAGGGUCGGCUUUUAGUGGUGGUUGAAGAAGACUCUCUUGCUCGUGGUGAAUUACAGAGACAAAAAAUUCAUUGUGAUAUUGGCGUCGGUGGGCGUCGUGGCCGUGUUGAAGCUGCCGAUGCAUCUACUACUAAGGUUUUCGAUAUUACCACCUAUGGUGCUAAGGGAGAUGAUAAGACUGAUUGCACAAUGGCAUUUAUGAAAGCUUGGAAGGAUUCAUGCAAGAAUGAUGGUCCGGCAAAAAUUCGUGUGCCUAAAGGGACUUUUAUGACAGCGCCCAUCACAUUUCAAGGGCCUUGCAAAAGUACCAAGCCUAUAAUCGUUGAAGUUCAAGGAACUGUAAAAGGAACAAAUGAUUUGAGUAAAUAUACGGAGGAUACUUGGUUUUUGUUUGAAAAGAUUAAUGGUGUUGUUCUCACCGGUGGAGGAACCUUUGAUGGACAAGGAUCUUCUGUUUGGAAGAACACUGACUGUGAGAAAAAAAAAGAUUGUGGUAGACUUCCUACUUCUAUCAAGUUCCAAGGUGUAACCAAUGCCGUUGUUUCCGAGAUUACUUCCAUCAACAGCAAACAUUUUCACUUUCAUAUCACAGACUGUACUAAUUUUAAAGCUAGUAAUCUCAAUAUAGUGGCUUCUGGUGAAAGCCCUAAUACUGAUGGGAUGCAUAUUAGUGAUACUAAUGGUGUUGUAGUAACUAAUAGCAAAAUUGGAACCGGUGAUGAUUGCAUUUCCAUUGGACAAGGAGUCACCAAUGCUGCCAUCUCUAAAAUCUUUUGUGGUCCAGGCCACGGCCUUAGUAUUGGGAGCCUUGGCAAGUAUAAAAAUGAAGCAGAUGUUAAAGAUGUUACAAUAAGUGAUUGUACAUUAUUCAACACAACAAAUGGCCUGAGGAUCAAAACUUGGGCUGACUCUCCACCAAGCGCAGCUUCAAGCAUUACUUUUAAAGAUAUUAUCAUGAAAUCAGUUAAGAAUCCUAUCAUCAUUGAUCAAAAGUAUGGUUCUCGCAGCAGUACAAAGCCAUCACGUGUGAAAAUUUCUAAUGUUCAUUACAACAAUAUUAGGGGAACCUCGACCUCAAAAGUUGCAGUCAAUUUUUUAUGUAGUCCGUCCGUGCCGUGUGAAAAGAUUGAAUUAGAUGAUGUUGAUUUGACCUAUACAGGCAUUAAGAAGUCUAAAUCACCCAUUUCAGCUUCAUGUGUAAACGCUAAAACAGUAAAUGGCAUGGCAUCUUUCCUUGCUUAUAUUCUCAGUCGGGACUAUGCUUGGCGAUGGUUGUUUGGAUGCUUUGAUUCUGGCAUACAAGCUGUUCUUUCGUUCCUUGUCCUCUGUUCGAUGAUCGUUGACAAUGCUGGUUUGGACGGGAUGAUUUUGAAAGGCGAUGCUGGGAUAGGCAGUGCUGUUGUGAGUUGGGCUUGGUUUUCAAUGGAAAUUUCUUUAUUGGACCUUGUAACUAGUUGCCCAUUUGGACUUUCAAUGUAA